UGAAAAUAAACACCCAUGGCUUCAUUUAAUUAUACAUUUUUAAGGGCCUGGAUCAAAGCUACUGAGAUAUUUAACUUAGAAACGAAUUUAAACCUGGAUCGGCAGCAGAGCUUAGUAACUGCGAAAGAGAACAGGGUAGCGGCCACCAUGGGGAGGUUUUUCCACCAUGGCAGAGGGACUGGAGGGGGCUCUCCCAUCUUUCCCCCCCCAGAACAGGAUGACAUAAAUGCCCUUCCUCUCGAAAUGCCGCCCCAUAUGCAGGUGAGCUUGCCUCCCGCCAGGGUAAAUCCUUCCGUCCUGAAUGGACCUCAUCCAAAGAUUGUUGAGCCUAGAAAUCUCUCAUAUGAUCCUCUCCUUAUGGCUGGCAUAUCAGCGGGGAUAUUAUAAGACCCAUCUCAAGAUUCAAUGAGAUCUCCAAUUGUUCAACGCUUACAGUAUACAGGAUAUUCCUUGCUAUCAUCUGAGUAUGGAGACAGCCCUGUCCGAAAAGCACCUGCCCCAAGAACUUCUCCCCCGAGAUCUCCUCCUACCCUUCCUUCCCCUGUUAUCCGUUCCCGUCCGCAAAAUUCUCCAUUGUAUUAUAGACGGGUAGGAUCUCCAGAUAUAUCGCCAGUGCCAAUAAAUGCAAGACAGGAGCGUUUACAGCAACCUCAAAAAACAAAACGAACCAGAGCUUCAGCAGCAACUGCUGCUGCUCCUCCUUGUUCCGAGUCACGGGUUGCCUCUGCCACUAGUGCAGCUGAAGCUUACUAUCAGCUUCAUCGUGACUGGUUGUCCAGGACGGAGAUGGAGAAGGUGGAGACAAGUCUAGUUGAAAGAGAAGCGUAUAGAGCUAAAAAACUAGCCUUUGAGGCUCAAGCCGAAGCCUUCAAAGCCCAAGCGGCUUAUUGGAGGAAAAAAACAGAAUCUGAAUUUCCCAUCACGACUAACUCGCAAAAUAAUAAAGACAAAGUUUUUAUCCUUUUAAUGAUUAUUUUUCCUUUUUUUCCAAUUUUUCUAACCAAUCGUUUGAUAAAAAUGAAAAAGUUGCAAAUGUCUUAUAUAUGGCUGUUUGGUGUUGAGGUCAAAAAUGCUUAA